AGCCGGGCCUCCCCGGCGCGCUGCUGCUGCUCUGGAGCCGCGGGGAGGUGGAUCAAACCCACAGGCCGGGAUACCGGGAUCCAGACCUACAACAGCCUGAGCAGAAGCAAAGAACCCCUAAUACUGGCCAAGGCAGGAGUGGCGACCUGUUCCUAUGUUAGAUUUGAUAUUAUUCGAAGAAUAAUAACUAAGGUUUUUGGAAACGAAGUAGUCAUGGUGAUGGGGAUUACAGACAUAGAUGACAAAAUAAUUAAAAGAGCCAAUGAGAUGGAUAUAUCACCAUUAGCUCUUGCCCGGGUUUAUGAAGAAGACUUUAAACAAGACAUGGCUGCAUUAAAGGUUCUUCCCCCAACAGUAUACAUGAGAGUGACUGAAAAUAUUCCUCAGAUCAUUUCUUUUAUAGAACGAAUAAUUGCUAGUGGACAUGCUUAUACAACCCCCAAAGGUAACGUUUAUUUUGAUGUCAAGUCUAGGGGAGACCAAUAUGGAAAGUUUACUAGUGUUUACCCUGAUGUACAAGAGGAAAUGGCUGAUAGUGAUAAGCGACAUGUCAAAGAUUUUGCCUUGUGGAAGAUGGCCAAGCCUCAAGAACCGUACUGGGCUUCUCCUUGGGGAAAAGGAAGACCUGGUUGGCAUAUUGAAUGCUCUACAAUUUCAAGUGCAGUGUUUGGAAGCCAACUGGAUAUUCAUACUGGUGGCAUAGAUCUUGCUUUCCCACAUCAUGAAAAUGAAAUUGCACAGUGUGAGGUUUAUCAUCAGUGUGAACAGUGGGGGAAUUAUUUUCUACAUUCUGGGCAUUUGCUUGUUAAAGGAAAUCAAGAAAAAAUGUCAAAAUCAUUGAAAAACUACAUUACAAUUAAGGAAUUUUUGAUGAAGAAUUCAGCGGAUGAAUUCAGAAUGUUUUGUUUGCGCAGCAAGUACAGAUCGGCAAUAGAAUUUGGUGAUGAUAGCAUGAAUGAUGCAAAGAACCUCCUUCAGGCAAUCUCUUACUUCAUUAGUGAUGCCAAUGCUUAUAUGAAAGGACAGCUGGUGUGUGAUCCCAUUAAGGAAGACAUACUGUGGGAGAUCCUAGCCAACACAAAAGCAAAUGUAAAGGCUGCAUUUGCAGAUGACUUUGACACCUCCAGGGCUGUUGCUGCAAUUAUGGACCUCAUUCACCAUGGCAACAGACAGCUUAAGGCUGUUACUAAGGAAGGUGGAACUCCUCCUAGAAGCCCUGUUGUUUAUGGAACCAUGCUUUCCUAUAUAGAGGACUUCUUUAACACUGUUGGAAUAUCUCUCGGAGAAAGGCAGGUUGUUCUAGAAAACAAGAAUUCAGCUCUGCUUUCCAGCGUGAUUGAUGAGCUAGUGAACUUCCGUGUCAAGGUGCGUAAUUAUGCUCUUGCUAUGCCUGGACCAACAGAAGCGGAAGAGGGUUCCAUUCUAGCAAAGGGAAGGAAACAGGAAGAGAAAGAGAAGAGGCGGCAGCUGUUGUUGGAGCGAGAACCUCUUCUGCAGGCUUGUGACAACCUGCGGCGAGACCUUGCUGCAUUUGGAAUCAACAUAAAGGACAGGGGUACUAUUUCUACAUGGGAAGUUGUGGAUCAAAGAAGAGCAGAGAACUGAAAGAUGCAGCUGCUGUAGCACAGGUCAUGGUUGGACUGAUCAUGUGGCAGGAUAGGCUUUAUGAACAAAUGUAAUUAAAUGCCAAUCAACUGCAAAAGAAAUCUGUAGUGACUUCUGAUUAUCUAUUAAUAAAUAUUGUUUUAACUUAAA